GGCAACUGCCAGGCAGGAACAGCAUGGCGGCGAGCGAAGACGUGCUCGCUUUGCAAGCUGAAGUUGCUUUGCUUGAAGAGGAGCUAAGGCUCCUCAGACAGCGCCUAGAGGAAGCGACGGCGAAGCCAUUCUCACGGCACGCGCGUGAGCCGGCGCCGCUGCCACCGAAGGCUGCCCUGUCCCGGGAGGAGAUUCUUCGUUAUAGCCGACAGCUAGUCCUACCAGAGCUGGGGGUGCGCGGGCAGCUGCGCCUGGCCACCUCGUCGGUGCUGGUGGUGGGCUGCGGGGGCCUUGGCUGCCCCUUGGCCCAGUAUCUGGCGGCUGCCGGCGUGGGCCGCCUGGGCCUCGUAGAUCACGAUGUGGUGGAGCUGAGUAACCUGCACCGGCAGGUCCUGCACGGCGAAGCGCGAGAGGGCCACGCCAAGGCGCACUCCGCCGCCGCCGCCAUCGGGCGGCUCAACUCGGCCGUGCAGUGCGUUCCGUAUGCCGAAGCCCUCACCCCGGCCACUGCGCUGGAUCUCGUCCGCCGCUACGACGUGGUGGCCGACUGCUCGGACAACGUGCCCACUCGCUACCUGGUUAGCGACGCGUGCGUGCUGGCUGGCCGGCCUCUGGUCUCGGCCAGCGCGCUGCGUCUGGAGGGCCAGCUCACUGUCUAUCACUACGAAGGCGGGCCCUGCUACCGUUGUGUCUUCCCUACGCCGCCCCCCGGUGAGUCGGUGACCAACUGCGCGGACGGGGGCGUCCUGGGCGUGGUGCCCGGGGUGCUCGGCUGCCUGCAGGCGCUCGAGGUAAUCAAGAUCGCGGCCGGCCUCGGGCCCUCCUAUAGCGGCAGCCUUUUGCUCUUCGAUGCCCUCGGCGGUCAGUUCCGCUGCAUCCGGCUUCGGGGCCGUCGGUCAGACUGUGUGGCCUGUGGGGACCAGCCCACGGUGACCCGUCUGCAGGACUAUGAAGCGUUCUGCGGCUCCUCGGCUACGGAUAAGUGCCGGAGUCUGCAGCUGCUCUCUCAGGAGGAGCGGGUCUCUGCCGCCCACUACAAGCAGGUGUUGGACGCCGGGGAGCCCCACCUGCUGCUGGAUGUGCGGCCGAAGGUGGAGGUGGACAUCUGUUGUCUGCCGCACGCCCUCCACAUCCCUUUGAGCCGCUUGGAGCGGAGGGAUGCAGAGAGCCUGCGACUCUUAGGGGACGCCGUUAGGAAAGGGAAGCAGACUAUCCAGAAAGGGACGCUUUUCCCUAUCUACGUGAUUUGCAAGCUGGGGAAUGAUUCUCAAAAGGCGGUGAAGGUCCUGCAGAGCUUGUCAAUCAAAGAAUUGGACUCAUUGUUGGCCAGAGAUAUUGUGGGAGGCCUCAUGGCAUGGGCCACAAAAGUAGAUCCAACAUUUCCACAGUAUUGAGUUGUGUAGUUCAUUUGUCUGAAAUAGAUGAUAGUCAAAAAAUGCAUCUUUCAGUUGUGGAUUUCAAAAUUGCCUCAAGGAAGUAUUCAUAGUGUGAAUAAUUGUGAGAGAAGGGAGAUUGGAAGAUGAUUUUUUUUCUUUCAUAAGUAAAUGAUUUUGUUUUUCAAAAGUUCAUAGUAUUAAGGCAACCUUUAUUUUUAUUUUUUUUUCAGCCUUUAUUUUUAGAGUGAAUCCUUUAGAACUGCUUUAUGUGGUCAAGUAAGGGUGGGAGUAGGUUAAGUGUUAGUCUCUGAAUAUAUACUCUCCUACUGUGUUAAAGAGAAUUGAAGAUUGCUAAAGCAGUCAACUUGUUCAGGAAAGAGUUGAACAUAGCUUAAUUGGUGAAAUAAAUCAAUAUAACUGUUCCCAAACAGUUGUCCCAACGAUUAAUGGUUUCCCUGGGGAUUUUACUGUGUUUAUUCUUUUGCCUUUAAGCACUUAAUUAAGGUUCCAAUUUGAGGUGUUUUGUAACUGGUGGAAUUUAAGUGCAUCCAAUUGAAAAAAUUCGGACUUCUGGUAGAAAAAAAUUAAGUGGCACACUGACUGUUGUAUGCCUCAUAAAAUAGAGAUUAUAUUGAAUUGCUUGGUAUAAUUCAAGUAGUUUGUUGUUUAAGUCAAAACUGAAAACUUCCUUUGUGACUGAGUGCUUAUCUUCUUUCGGCCUUGAAAUAAAGGUAAUCCUUGGACUAUGAAAUAAUAGAGAAAGUAGCACUUAACUUUGUAUUGCUCUGAAUAUUGUAAAGUACUUUUCAAGGACAUCCUCAGGGCUACUGGCAUUCAUUCUGUGGAGGUUUGAUUCUGUCGUUCCCCACUCAAUUUUAUACAAGGAAAUUUGGUUAAGUGAACAUCAAGAACAGUUUUGAAUUGAGUACUGGCGGUAAAACUUCAUUCAAGCCUAGGAGACUGAUAGCAAAAAGCAGCCUGAAGUUUGAGGAGUGGGUGUUACAUCCUAAUUCCUAGUUACUGCUGUGGGCUACUCCAAAGUAAAGACUGAUGCUGUUAAAAUUUCCUGUAUUGUAUCCUAGGUAUCUGCUGGCACAUUAACCUUUAAAUCUAAGGAUAAGAGGAGGAUACUAAGAUCCAAAUAAUCACUUUCCUAUUAGCCUUUUGAAUGAUUCUGAAUCAUUUUUUUCAGUUUGGAGAAAAUAGUUGAUAUCUGCCUUGUAGAGAUGAGAAAGGAUAGAAAAAUAGUACUAGUAGUUCAUAUUUUAUCUGGGACUUUAAGGUUUGCAAAUGGUUUUCCUCACAAUAACCCUAUUAGAGAGGUAAAGCUCAGAAAGUUAGUGACUUUUUAGUCUUAGUUAUAACUAGUAAGUGUUAGAAUCAAAAUUUGUACCCAGUUCUCUUGAUACAAAGUACUUCAGAGUAGAAAAUCUCAAACAAAAUAUUAACAGUACUUACCACUUCAGUGAGCUGCCUUCUCAAGUAGAUGAGCUAUUUUAAUUCAGGAAAUGUUGGGCAAUGUUUUACAUAUUAAAAGCCUUUUUAGUUUCUCUAGAAAUAUUAACAAGUAAUAUUUUACCUGCCAAAAACUCCAGACUUUUCCCUUUGGGAAGAUGGAUGGAAGGAAAACUCAAGAGUUUUUUUGGGAAAAAGAUUAAUGGUGGUAACUAAACUUAAUAUUUUGUCUGGAUAAGCUCUUCACUUUCUCCACUCUUAAGUGAUGGGCCUUAGGACUCACCCAAGGGAAAUGCCUUCUUCCAUUGAAAGGGAGACAUUCUCACACCUAUUCAAUUUAGGUUCUUGAACUAGAUCUCAAGGGAGAAACCUAUUGAUUGCUGAGGGAGAAUGGGCAAGGAGGAAUGGGAUGGUAACUGUUUCAGGAUGUUAACCCAAACUAUUAUACAUAAUUGUGGUUUUCUUCCCCUGGAUUCCUAGAGAUGUUACCUAAAAUUGUCUUGGAGGUAGAUUCAUACUGGAGGACAUGGGGGGAUUAUUGCUAUUUGGACCCCUUUUCUUGCCAAGCUAGAAAUGCCUUGGAUAUAGAAUAAUUUUAAAUUAAAUAAAACUGUUUUUGUCACAUUUGAGCCUGUAGUACAAUAUUGAUAUUCUUAUAAUACACUAUCAAAGUACUUAGAGACUGGUAGACAAGACAUACUUAAAUAAUACAGGACAGAGUAUAGAAAGUGUGAAGAGUAGAUAGGCUUGAAAACUAAAACCAUCUGUAAGUAUAAGGUAAAGUAUUAAAAUGUACUUAAACCGUAUUCUUCCUUUAAUCCCUCAUGGUAAUAAAUAACCUUGGGUUUCCCAGAAGAGGGAAAGCUCAGGUAGGUCAAAUGAUUUGUAGUGUUAAGAUCUGGAAGGUACUUUGUUGGAGAUCAUGUAAGCCAAGUUCCUUUUAAAAUAUAAUAAGGAAAGAUUUGGGAUAUAAUACUAUAUAUCAGAAGACAAACUUUUUAGGGUUAGAGAGGCUCAUCUCAUCACUAGAGUUGAGCACCCAGUGGUGACUCCCUCCUUCCCCCAGCAGCUCAUCAAAUAAUCUAAGGGUAGGAGGGCUGUGCUGUGUAUUCCUAUGGAUGAAAUAGAUCCUUGAAAUUUAAAUAUGAAAAUAUGUGUUUCUGAACUCUUUCUCUCCCUCCUCCACAAACAGACUGUAUUUUUCAGUUCCUUGAUGGUAGGUGUUGUGCUAUUUUCCACUGUUUUGGAGAUAGUCAAGUGAUUUAAAAAAUGCUGAGUUGAAUAUUGUAGCAAGAAUAAAACAUUAGCUCAGGAAGUUUUUAUAUUAAAAUACAAGACAAAGGCAUACUUUUCAUGCAGACUUUGUGGGCUCCCACUUACCACUAUAGUUUGUUACUUUAUAUUGAAGAUUUGUUAAUAAAAUUUAUGAAUUAAAUUUUUUUUA